UGCAGCAAUCUGAGGAAACUCCUCCAGAUAAUGAGAUGAGUUCAGAUGCAGUACAUGAUGAUGGGUGUUGUGAUGCUAAUGCACCUGUUACUGUCCAGCCUGAACCCUUAAAGUUUCAGACUGAUGGACUUCAGGAUGCUGAAACAUCCCUUCGUCGCUCUCAAAGAGUGCACACAAAGCCUAAGAGAUUGGAUUAUGUGAAACUAGGCAAUCCUCUGAUAAUGGUGGUGAAUUCUCUUUUCCAGGGUCUUAGUGAAGCACUGACUAGCUCCCUGAAUGGUUUUGAGAAUGCAUCUCAUGAUUCCGUCAGGCAUGUGUAAGCCGUGUGACUCAGUGUCACAUUGCAGAUGCCCAGGGACGGGCAUACCCUUCAGAGGGGAGGGUGUAACCCACAUAAAAUGGGGAUGCCUCUUUAAGAAGCAGGGGUUAGGGAAGCUAGGUAGUCUACCUGGCCAAUAAAAAAGUUUAGUUCUGGUGUGUAUCAGCCAAUCAGAAUGCAGACCGCCGCUGUAGGUCCCGCCCUCCUUCCCCGUGUCGGUAGCAUUGUUUGUGUGAGCGUGAAGAUCCGCCAUGAGGAGGAGACUGCUAAGCUGUGCAGCGUGAGAGUCUGUGUGUUAAGACGAUUAUAGUACUGGAUACGAACUUGAGACGAGCUCUUUUGCAAUUGCAAUUGCUGUUUGCCAUCUGACUUCUAAGCUGGAAGUCGUGAACUGACAUCUCCAGGAUGUGUGAUGUGGACGUGUCAUCAGAGCCCACCAGUCCUACCCUUUAUGGUGAAUCUUCAGACAAAUACUACCAUGUGGAGCGAUGGCAGAAGCUUCGCACAGCUGUCCGUAAACUGGAGUUCUGGGAAAAUUUCAGCGCUGAGCUAAUUGGGAGUGGUUUCUUCUCCAAAGUCUAUAAGGUGAUGCACAGGACCAAUCGGAAGGUGAUGGUAGUGAAGAUCUACAAAAACGAUGUGGACCAAGACAGCAUUGUACGAGAGAUCAGCCUGCUGCAGAAGCUCUCCCACCCCAACAUUGUCAGAUAUUUGGGAAUCUGUGUGAAGGAAGACAAACUCUAUCCAAUCUUAGAGUAUGUAAAUGGUGGCUGCCUGGAGGAGCUACUGGCGAGGAAAGAUGUUCCCCUGUGCUGGAGAGAGAAGGUGGACUUAGCCUGUGAUAUAAGCAGAGGAAUGAUCUACCUGCAUUACAAAAACAUUUAUCACAGAGACCUCAAUUCUAAGAACUGUCUGAUCCGGGUGACGUCUCGGGGGCGCGAGGCCCUGGUGACAGACUUCGGCCUGGCGAGGGAGGUGGUGGAGCUGCCAGUGAAAGACACCAGCAGGAAGCUCUCUCUGGUGGGCUCGGCUUUCUGGAUGGCCCCCGAAAUGCUCCGAGGAGAGCUGUAUGACCGCAAGGUGGAUGUUUUCUCCUUUGGCAUUGUGCUCUGUGAAAUCCUGGCCAGGAUCCCUGCUGACCCUGAAAUACUCCCCAGAACCCAGGACUACGGGCUGGAUGUGAAAGCAUUCAGGGAGCUGGUGACAGACUGCCCACAGCGCCUCCUGGAGUUGGCAGCCAGCUGCUGUAUGGUGGAAUCGUUCCGACGGCCAGCAUUCACAGAGUUGUUGGAUGAUUUGGGAGAAGUUGCUGAGACCCUGGAACUGCCUCCAAAAUCUGAAGUGGCUACGAGCUGAGCGCUGCAGCAGGAAAGCCCGCCUACCGAGUGUUAGGGCCACAGGCUGUGGGGUUAUUAUUGCUUGCUGUCUGGACAGGAAGCAGGAUGGAUGUGGAUGUGAUAUUCCGAUCUAGCUGUUUUUACAGGGUGGUGGAUGCUCCUGACUUCUCAUGGACACUUUGAUUUGACACAGCAGUGUUCAGAUGAUUGUUAGUUCAACUUGUACUGUUUUUGUUCCUCUCCUCUCGCUCGACCCCUUCUGUUUGUGAUUUGUUUGUAACCGACGGCACAGAUCAUCAGGUCUGUUGACAUAUUUCCCUCUUCUGUCCGCUCUGCCUGUGUCUUCUGAUUCUGCAGGCUUGGAUUCGACGCUCCUCCAGCAGGAAACUGCAUUUGUUGCUUAAAUAAAGCUCUGCUCUGUUAGGUUUUCAACAGAGGUAACUUCAUACACAACAGGACACGGUUUUAAGUUUGAUUUUGAGGGUUGGUUUCAUGCUAACAGUUUAUAGACACAGUUACUAAUUGGUAUCAGUCUGAGCUUAGUUAUCCUCAUGAAACAAUAAUUUUUGUUGUAUACCGAAAACCUCAUACAUAUCCUUUUUUUUUUUUUUAGGUUUGUGAAUUGUUAGAUGAUUUUUCACAAACAGGACGUCCUGUUUUGUUUUUCGUGUUUUUUUUUUUUGAGUUCCUUUGAGCUGAAUGUAUGUAUGUAAAUAGUCAAGUUUUUCUGCUUUGCUUACAGCUUUUUUUCUUUUUUUAAUUUUUUUUUAAAUUCUGGCGCCUUUUGUGAGGUUUGACAGGGUCCAUAAACGCUUCAGUUUAAUCUGUUCUGGUUUUGUGUGCGUGUGGUCUCAAAAACUUUUAGGCAGCUAAUUCUUUGGUUUCUUAUCCUUAAAAAAAAAAAAAAAAAACAUAUUCUGCCUUUUUUGGUGAAAUAAUUUUUAUUUCCCAUUUAGCAGUUCAGCUUUCUACAUUUGAAAGUAUAAAUAUUCAUCUG